AUGUCCAAACUAUCCCAUCAACUCAAGGCGCUGAUCAAUGCCCCGGCAGCACGCCCCAACACUGUCCCCGCGCCGCCGAAUAUCCAAUCUAUAUACAGGAAGAUCCAACAAGGCGCGCAGUCCCAGAACCUAUCCCGAUCAUCAUGGCUAGCUCUAUCGACAGCCACCACCAUGACGAUGAACUCCCCUGAAUCCCUGACAGAACUCUACCAACUAGCCAGCACCUCCCAAUCCGCCAAGGAGAGCCUAGCGACAGCGGAAUUCAUGCGCGAAGUAGGCCUCAAGUGCAUUAGCUUCAACGGAAUCCCACGGACCAUCAACUGCCUCAAUGCCUUCAAAGCCAGUCUCCCCGAAUCAAUCAGUUCGCAACUCUCACAAACCCCCACCCGAACACCUACUCCAGAGAAUAUCCAAGAAAUCUGCGCCCGAGGUCAGAAUCUCUGGGACUCAAUCUACCGACCCUUCGAGAAGAAACUCUACAACAAGCUGGCGGAUUCACACCCCGACCUGCCGGUCCAUAUUUUGAACGCUAACUAUGGGGCGCUUCUGUCCGACCCUAAGCGGACUACCGGUGCGAAUGUGGGCAGGUUAGCAACUUCGAUUGUUGCUAUCGCAUGUCUUCGUGCUCAGACGGGCGUUGGCCCGCAGGUGACGUCACAUGUGUUUGGUCUGCGGAAGGCGGUUGAAGAUGGAACGUGGGUGGCUGAUAUGGAAGCAGAAGAGGGUGCCAAGUGGCUGGCCAGUGAGGAGGGUAAUACUUGGAUUAUACAGAGUGUUGACGAUAUUGUCGAGACAAUCAGUGGAGGGACGGGCUCGAACUUUACACCUGCAAGAUCAGCCAAGAUAUAG